AUGUUGGGAACACCUGAGAUUAGCAAUGACGCAGAUGAGGAUCGAAGCAAGCUGCGCUUCCUAUCGUUGCUCCGUCGCACUAACGAACUUCGCUCCAAGUCCAUAAUGAAAGCUGGGAUGGCGUCCCAUACUCGCAAAUUGUUGCACUUUCAGCGUUCACCAGAUACUUUGGGAAACAAGGACGAUGAAAUUUACUUAAUCGGAUUCCUAGUUGGUUAUUUGGAGGGUGAAGCAGGAUAUAAAAUCUAUUUUCCCACGAUGCGUGUCGUGCAGCACGUUAUGCAUGCAUUUCUCAAAGAAGAUAUCGUCUAUGGUGAUCCGUAUAGUGACGGAUACGACACGUUGCUCUCAGAAUGGUUGUCCAAACAAAGUGAUUCAUGUAGUGAUGACGACAACGAGAAAGAAUCAAUUCACAUGGAAGACGAAGAAGACGAAUCAAUAAUCAGUCAAGAAGAAUCAAUGCACAGUCAAGACGAAGUAAUGCUCAGUGGAAACGAAUUGGAAGACGAAUCGAUUCCAAAGUGA